AUGCCUUGGACGGGCCUGGCUACCUUGUUCCUGGCCGUUUCUGGUGUCUAUGGCAGUCGAUUAGACACCAGUGGCUUCCAGGAGUGCAAGAGCAGACAAAAUCUUUCGUCGACCGCGGUUCACAAUCUUUUACAGUCCGUCCCCGAUGCUGAGAAAAUCCGCGAAUCAGUUCGCUACUAUACCAACGGGUCGCAUGUAGCAGGACAGGGCCUCCAGCAGGCGCUGUGGACCCAGGAGUUGUGGGAUGCCAUUGGCCUCCCCAACACAAGUGUGAAAUCCUAUAGCACCAACCUGACUCUGAACGACGAACAUCGAGUCGCGCUGCUUGACACGGCACGCGAGGGAGAUCCAGUAGUAUACGAAGCGCCAUUGAUCGAGGACAACGCCCCCAAAGCUGGUGAUGGGCAGCCCCCUUUCAUUCCGGCUUUCUUCGGGUGUGCCGGGGAGGGCAAUGUCACCGCGCAGUAUAUAUUCGCAAACUUCGGAACGCAAGAGGAUUACGAUGAUUUGGUGGGCGCGGGGAUCAACAUCACGGGGAAGAUCGCUUUGGUCAAGUCUACGUAUGAAUCCGCCGUCUUGAAAAAGUACAAUCUGCCGUAUCACCGCGCAACCCAGGAAAGCGUCGCCACAAAGAGGGGUCUCGCGGGGAUGCUUAUCUACCCUGAUCCUCAAAUGGAUGGCGAGAUUAUUGUAGAAAAUGGAUACCAGCCAUUUCCGGAUGGGCCCGCCCGGCCCCCUUCUUUGAUCGAGCGAGGAAAUGUUGGGAUUUGCUCGCUUGAUGAGAUUCCCGCCAUGCCCAUUUCGUACGCCGAUGCGAUCCCGAUGCUGCAGGCCCUCAAUGGCCAUGGUCCCUUGGCAGCAGAUUUCAAUGACAGAUGGCAAGGAGGUGGACUCACUUCGCACAACGUUACGUACAAUGUCGGGCCUUCACCGGAGAACGUUGUCUUGAACGUGAUUAAUAAAGCGCGUCACUGGGUCGGUCCUAUCCAUGAUGUUAUUGGGACCAUCCCCGGAUGCGCCUUUCCAGAGGAGGUGAUUGUGCUUGGAAAUCACCGUGACGCCUGGGGUCCAGGUGCUGGAGAUGGAAACAGUGGGUCUGCGGCACUCAACGAAGUGGCACGAAGUCUCGUAACGGCCCUUAAAAAAGGUUGGCAGCCGUUACGAACAAUCAUCCUCGCCAGUUGGGAGGGAGAAGAGGUAGGCCAGGUGGGGUCGCGCCCAUGGCUCAAUGAAAAUAAGUCCCAGCUGAACGGUAGCGUGGCUGCGUAUUUGAAUGUGGUCAUUGCGGGCGCAGGCACCAAGUUUCAUGCUCAAGGGAGCCCACUGUUGGCACAGGCGAUGCACAAUGCUACCGGCCAAGUGCAAGCGCCCACAAAGGAAGGCAGCAGUGUACAAACUGUCCUAGAAGCUUGGGGGGAUGAGCUCGGUCUGGGUAGCGGCGGAGACGCAAUGCCUUUCCAGGAGUAUGCAUUUUCAGUUGCGGACUUUGGCUUCUCGCGUGGGCCAAAAGAUGCUGUUUUCCCCUACCAUUCACUAUUUGACACAUAUUCCUGGAUGGAACAAUACGGAGAUCCCGGCUUUGAGCACCAUUUGGCGACCACCAAAAUCUGGUUACAGCUGGCAACAUCUCUUGCAGAUGAGGCGAUUCUGCCCUACCGCGUCCAGGCGUAUACGUCUGUCUUCCAGGACGGCCUCGAAUCACUCAGCUCAACAGCAAACCUGUCGUCACACCUCGAUCUGUCGUCGCUGAAGGCAGUGGUCGAUGAUUUCGCGAAGGCUUCCGCAGCGUUUGACGCACAUAGCGACUCGCUUGCCGACCAAGUGCAACAACAGCAUCCUUUGAACGAUAGCCUUCUGGCUCAGGUCCAGUCAGUCAAUCACGUAUACACUAAUUUCGAGCGUCUCCUCGGUGAUCCAGAUCUUCCUUUGGGUGAUAGGGACUACCAUCUUAUCAUUCAGCCUGCCCCGUAUUACUUCCAGACAAAGCCUUUCCCUGGAUUAACGAAGGCUAUUGCUGCUGGGGAUUGGACCUUAGCUGCAGCAUAUCGCGACAAGAUCGUAGAUCAGCUCAACAAGGCUGUGGCGUUUCUUCAGUGA